AUGAGUAAGAACAAACGACCUCGUGCAUCGACUGUCGACGAUAAAAAGAAAAAGAAAUCCAAACAAAACUAUCCCGUCACUCGUUUCGAACAUUUGGCAAAUGAACUCAUCUACGAAAUCUUCGAUUAUCUCGACGUUCAUGACCUUCAUCAAUCUUUCUUUUCACUCAAUGCACGCCUCCGACAUCUCUGUCUACAUGCAAAUCUUUCUCUUCGAAUCGGAAUGGCAUCAUCGUCGAAAACGACAUUCGAACGCUAUUUCGAUGAUAUUAUCGUGCAUCAUCAACAUCAGAUUCGAUCGCUCUAUCUCUACAAUCCGUUCGUCAUCGAUUACUUUACCUUGUCACAAUGUUCUCAACUGGAAACGUUAGCUCUAGGUAACAUUGGGUGGGAGCGUCUGGAAAUUCUUCUCACUACUUUGGUGUCUGUAUCAAGUGUUCUGUCAUUAUCGAUGUGUAUUGGAGAUGGUAGGGUACAAACAACGAUCUACAGCUUGAUAUUUCAAUUUCCUGCGUUGAAAUACUGCAAACUAAACUUUCAAACAAAUUCGCCAUUGAACUCCUUAUCGGUUUCAACAAACUCAACAAGUCCGAUUGAACGAUUAAUUAUCAUUGAUAAUUACAGUUUUGAUGAUAUCAAUAUGAUUCUUCCAUACGUUCCAAAACUACGUUACUUGUUUAAUGACUCAGCACGUAUUUUGCUGAUAGGAAAUCGUUGGUCACUGGGAAAUGUUGAAGCCUUCGUCAGACAACAUUCGAAUCGCAUACGCGUCUUGGAUGUUACGCCGGUGGCAGGUGUGAACGAUUUACAGACAUGGGAAAAGUCCAUCCUGUCACAUAUUCCAUAUGUUAGUACCGUCAAUUUUACACACGACAAAUCAAUAGCCUGCCGUUUAACAGACGAACUCUAUCAAUACAUUCGCGAUCGCUCUUUUAUGAUUACAUCAGAAACAAAACAAUACUUUUUUACUCAUGAACCAAUGUCUGAAGUGUCUCUACACGAAAUAGUUUCUUCUUGUCCAUUAAACAAACAUAAAGAUUUCCGAAUAGAUAGUAAAUUCGCUACAACUACUUUCGAAUGUCAUGACAAAGUAGAUACUGAUUCUAUUCGUCAUUUAUUGAUCAAUGAUCUGACAAAAGUUCAUCAAUGUACGCGAUAUUUCUCAAAGACAACGGAAUUAACAAUUGACGAUAAAAAUACUACAGACAAAUCACACAUAAUCAAAGAUUUGCCCCGUAUUCUUUCCCUCAGUCAACUAACGAACUUAUCUAUGAGACAGAUUGACCAAGAAUUUGAGAUAUUUAUCAAAUUACUACGGUUAUCACCAAAUGUUCAUACAAUCAAAUGGGUAUCCAUCGAAAAAACACCAAAAAAUAUUACUUCGCUAGAAAAGAGACAAAAUUUUCAACUCUUAUCAAAGCAAAAUCAAGUUAAAACCAUUAUAAUUACGCAUGAUUAUACAAAGAAAAUGAUGGAAGUAUUAGUUCAUCUCUGUCCUCGAGUUCAAUACAUUUCUAUUGGCCGAUCUGAGCGAUCACUGGAUGCUACUGUGCAUUAUCUCCUGUCAGAAAUCAAUGGUGCUACUCUUCGUCUGUUUUCGCUGUGCGUUCGACGAGCAUGUUCAAAUUGGAUGGCAUAUUGGAAAAAUCAAAUCGAAUCAGAGGGUGUUUUCAAUGACUAUUCGAUCAAAGUCAUUGAUAAGAACUUUUAUUUAUGGUGGAAUGAUUAA